AGUGGUCGAAAUAUGAAUGUCUGCCGUCUGGGGGUUUCCCUUGACCCAACUAAGCUAGUUACUCACAGACGUCAGUUGUUGAAUGCAAUUGAGCUCACACAAAUGUUCGAUUGUGCGAUCUAGGCAAUUUAUUCAUACCAAAACCAGCUGGGACGCCCAUUCCAUCGUCCUCUUCCGGAGUGUACGUCGCCUCUCAUCAUGGGUACGCGAGAGAAGACGUCCGGUUAUGUUAUUGGGAACAACUGGGGGCAGUUCCCUGAGGAUUCGGCCAAGGCAGUUGUCGGAGUGAAUGGGAGUAGUGCUGAAUAUGUUGAGAGGAUGGUUGACUACACAGGCCUUCCCGUUCACGCAGGGAAGCUCAUGAAUCCCACGCCGGAUAGCCUCGACUAUUCUAUCUCGGCGUCGCUUAAAGUCCCUGCCCCAUUCAUAGUGCAAUUGGACCCCCUUACUAUAAACUUAGAUAGAGCCCAGGACACCCCCGAACAAGCGUAUGUUGGUAUCCCAUUGCCACGGCUCGAACUAAAAGGGAAUCCGACGAUAGAACUUGUCGACGAAACUGUUCCAAUUUUGCAUCAGGUGGACUUCACAAAAUUUCUCUUUAAACUUACUCAUCAGCGCACUUUUGUUUUAGCAGUGGAGGGUAUAACAGUUGCAUAUCUAGGAAAACUAAGGGCCAAAGUGAAACUGGACAAGAAACUUGAGCUAAACGGUAUGCAACCCGACAGAGACCCUCUUCUUUGCCCAAUUCGGCUAAGUCAUCACGCUGCAGGUCCGGACAUUUUUAGAGGAUUCAAUAUCGAAUCUGCUAGAGUCACACUUCCCUGUCAAGAAGAUGGCACCAACCUGAAAGUGGUUCUUAUCAUCAUGUUGCAGCUACCGGGCAACAACACUGUCAACGGUGACUGUAAGAUCGACAUUAAAUCGGCGAUCGCUAAUCUCGUUCCCAUACUUGAAGGGCAGAAGAAGGCACUUAGUAAAGGGAACCUAGAACUCACGGCAAACGGCAAUACAACUAUCUAUAAAGGAAAGCAUAUCACAGGGUGUAAGGGUCUCGGAGGCAUUCUGGACCUGCUCAAGGGAGACGGCUUCGAUGAUAUCAUGGGAGUCCUCAGGGAGGCUCUAAAAGGAGACGGGGUGAAGGAUAUCAUAAACGGCCUAGACACUGUCCUCAAAGAAGUGGUUGGGGGUGAAGGUGCUAGUCUCAACGAUAGUCUAUGUGGUUCAAAUCUCAAAGAUGUCGUUGGAGGCUUCAAAAUAAAAGAUGUCGUAGGAGAGUUGAUAAAAUUGGAUUUGAAAGAGUUGGGCAUCGACGAAAUUCUGAACGAGUUGAAAAAUUCCCAGUCUUAG